UCUAAGUGGUGAGGAGGUGGAGGCUACUUACCUGUGCCUUCCGUAACCAUGGAUGAUUACCCAAUGUUCGCCAUGUUGACCCUGUACGUGAUAUGGGGUCCACUCCUCCGCUUCCUGUUUCCAUUGGUGUUCCACCGCACUUGCGGAAUGAGUGUUACCAUGCGGUCUGGUGGGUCCACGCAGCCAAACACAGCAGAGCAGCAAGCUGAAAUUGACAGAAAAUUGGCUGAGAAGAAGGAAGAGAAGGAAGAGGAGGAAGAAGGGGAAGGAGAAGGAUUAGAAAGGAGGAGGGCUAGACCAGAAAGAGAGGAGGUGGCAGAUAGCAGCCAUGCUGGUGAAUUAAGAUUACGACAAGUGGAAGACAUAGACUGGGUGGUGAAAUUUGGGUAUCAUACAGAGAUGCCAGAUGAGACAGGACAAGAAAAAGAUGCAUUCACCAUCAAGAUGGCAUCUGCAGCAGAUGAGGAGAAAGGAGGAGCACCCUUGACCAAUGGCAACUUCAUUCACCCACGCCUGGUGAAGGAAGCCCGCUUACCCACGACAGGGUCUCCGACUCCCAUCUCCGUUACCCAAGGGGAUGACAAGACCCAUCGCUUCUUCGAUCAGACGGUCACCAACCUCCCCUUCUUCCUCACUCUCGAGCCGACUGAUCGUUCCCCGGCGCCUCGUCGCCACCGCUCCUUUGCACAUUUCAAUGUGAUAGAGACGGGGUACGACUUCAUUCUCGGCACUCUGUUGUCUCGUCGGUUCCGCAGCACCGAGGCCGAUUGGGCGACCAACACUCUCAUUCUCAAAACGAAGUGUGGACAGACGUAUCGCGUACCUCUCAUAGGUACCACAGCGACACCACGCCCCGAUCCUCCUCCCCCGGAGCCUUCAGUGCCCACACCAUCUCCCUCUAUCCCCGAGGCCACCGAACUCAAGCGUCAGCUUGAGGAGCUCCUGGGGCUGGGUUUCAUUAAACCCAGCAACUCCCCGUGGGGUGCACCCGUCCUCUUUGCUCGCAAAGCGGACGCAACUCUCCGUUUGUGCAUCGACUAUCGCGGUCUCAACCGCUACACGGUUAAGAACAGCUACCCCAUGCCUCGUUCCGAUGAGUUGUUCGACCUCCUAGCAGGCAACCGCUUCUUUACGAAAAUUGAUCUUCGUAGCGGUUACCAUCAUAUCCGCGUCGCUGCAGCCGACCAGCCGAAGACAGCGUUCCGAUCGCGCUUCGGCCACUACGAGUUUACAGUGAUGUCAUUCGGCCUCACCAAUGCACCCGCUACCUUUAAGAGGGCGAUGAACGACAUCUUCAGGGACAUCCUGGAACAGUACGUUCUCGUCUACCUCGACGAUAUCCUGGUCUACAGUCGUACCCUUGAGGAGCACCUCAGACACCUCCGCGACGUCCUUGACCGCUUGCGCAGACAUGGCUUCUACGCCAAGCUGAGCAAGCGCCGCUUUGCCCAGCACAAAGUUGAUUUCUUAGGACACUACGUGUCUGACCAGGGUCUCCACAUGGACGACGCGAAGAUCACUGCUAUUGCGGAGUGGCCCGCCUCCACAUCCGCCAAGCAGCUUUGCAGCUUCCUAGGCCUGACCAGCUACUAUAGUAACUUCAUCCAGGGAUACGCUAGGUAUUCUUACGUCCUUACCUCCACCCUCCUCCGGAAGAACCCACCUUGGGCUUGGACACCCGUCCAUGAGGACGCCUUCCGCGCCCUCAAGAAGGCGGUGACAUGCGCACCGGUUCUUCACCUACCCGAUUUUAGUCGCCCUUUUAUCCUUACCACCGAUGCGUCAGACUUUGCUGUACGAGCAGUGCUUUCUCUGGUCUUCCCCUCCUCUCCUGAUUCCUCUCAUCCUCGUAUCCCUCGCUUCCCACCACCUACCCCUACCACUGCUUCCCGACUGACGCCUACUCGUCCAGCUACUGACGAGCUCUCUAUUGACUAUUCUCCUACCAUCGUCGAGGACGGCACUGUCGAGUCUCGCUCAGGUGAUUGUCCGAUAACCUUCUACUCCCGUCAGCUCCUGCCCGCCGAGAUAAACUACAUUGCUGAUAAACGUGAGGUUCUCGCAGUAGUUUAUGUCGCUUGGCACUGGCGGCACUACCUGCACGGGGCACCAUUCACGGUGUGCACGGACAACUCUGUUGUCCAGGCUUUUCUGACUAAGCCAAAGCUCACUCCUCGACAGGCUCGCUGGUGGCGCGACCUCUCCGAGUUUAGUUUCACCGCUGAGUACAUCAAGGGUGAGACUAAUCGGGUCGCAGAUGCCCUAUCCCGGCGCCCUGACCACGACCAGGAGCAGAUCCAGCUCUCUUCAAUCUCGGUCACCACCGUCCACCACUCGGUGAUCGACGAGUUUCGCACUCAGUACCGCCACUGCCCCGACUAUCRCGACAUCCACGCGACCCUUCGGAGUGGCAAAACCGUCCCGAACUACUCUCUCGGGGACAACAGUCUCGUGUACUGGCACGGUUCACAGGGCACCAGAGAGCCCCAUAUUUGCGUUCCCUCCAUUGGACAGCUACGUGUCCGAGCAGUAGCCGAGUUCCAUGACCAGGCAGUUGCCGGUCAUAUGGGCUUCCACAAGACGUUGGCUCGUGUGAGCCGCCUGUACGUCUGGCCGAAGCGCAAGGACUUUGUGAAGGACUACGUCGCAAAGUGUCCCACCUGUCAGGAGGUGAACAGUGCGAACCGCCUGCCUUAUGGUUUGCUCCAGCCUCUUCCUAUCCCUGAGGGUCGUUGGCAGUCCAUCUCGAUGGACUUUAUCAGUCCUCUUCGUCCUUCGACCCCUCGCGGUCAUGAUGCUAUCCUGGUCGUCGUCGACCGCUUCACGAAGCGUGCACGCUUUGUUCCGUGCCGCUAUGCCAUCAGUGCACGUGAGGUCGCCAACAUCGUGUUUGACCGAGUCGUGCGUGACCACGGCUUACCUCUGAGCAUCAUAUCUGACCGUGACCCGCGCUUUACCAACCGAUUCUGGCGACGGCUCCACGAGGUAUAUGGCACUCAGCUCCGCUUCUCCUCGCCUUACCAUCCUCAGAUUGAUGGUCAGACCGAGAUCACGAACAGGACUCUCGAAGAUAUUCUUCGAAAGAUUGUUCGUGACGACCAGCAGUGGGAUCUUCAUCUUGCCCACGCGGAGAUAGCCUACAACCACGCCGUCUCGCCAGCCAUGGGGAUGUCGCCUUACUAUUGCGGCCUCAACUACCACCCUCGUGUUCCCGCGGACUAUCUUUGACCGUCACAGAUGCACCCCGACACUGGUUGUCCCUCGUUGGAUGAUUGGGUUGCACACAUGACGUCGAUCAUGAAGACCGCACAUGAACGCA